UUCGUCAAUGUCGUACUGUACGGCGACCGGGAUUCAAGCUGCUAGAUCCGAUAUCAGUAGCAGUUGUACAUUUACUUCCCGGUGCUUUGCAUUAUUGAUAGUUUCUCAGAAGUCAUGUCAACUUUCGGUUCAGCAGUAUACCAGAUUGUUUUACUACAACAUAGUCGUGAGGCAACAUUCAAAUCAAUACAACAAGAAUAUGUCGAUGGCGGUUCUACAUACGGCCUGACGGUGUGUGUUACGCGCGUUACAAAGGCCAUUUCCAAAAAGAAAAACACACAUGGAAUGCGUCUUUGGGCAUAGAGAAGAAAUGUUGUGAGAACCGCAACCUACCUACUGUCAGCACAGACACACACCAAGGAAACCACGCCACCGCGUACUAAAAUCUAUUAAGCACUUUGCAGUCAUAGUAACAGACGCAGUAUGGACCAGCCGGACGUUGGACUCGGUCAAGGGUGUGGACGGGGAAGGGGGUAUAUCCUGAAGCAAGCCAUUGAAGACGCUACAUCAACCUCUAGGGUGAAAUCCGAAACAAAUACUGGAGAAAUGUCAAAAAUCCAAGAACCAAAUCAGUCGACUGUAUCAGACGAAGAGAUCAAGAAUUGGUUAAAAAAGGAGCUGACCGGACGCAAAGGUGGGAUAUGGACCAAGCAUUUGCCGGGGUUCUUUAGCAAAUUCUUUCAUGCCAGUGCGCCAGAUGACUUCAUCAGGAAGAUACAGAGUUGGUCUCAAAUGUUUCAAAUUGACAGCAUCACAGGAGGAGAAAUCAUACGGCUGUCACGCGAAGUCCACGUUGAACAAGGAGGAAAUACAGAGGAAUCAAUACCAAAUGUUGAAACUGUUCCGGACAAGUAUAUACAGAUUUGGCUGAAAAAGGAACUGUCCAAAAGCAACAGUGGAAUUUUGAUGACGGACAUUCCUCGUCUCUUCAAAGAAAACUUCAAUGCUCCGGCACCUGAAGAUCUGAUUACGAAGACACGGUCAUGGACUAAUAUGGUUCAAAUCGAAAGUAUUCAUGGACGAGAGAUUAUGACGUCAACAUCAAGAAUAUCUCCAACACGCCAUCCAAAGAAACCACAAGACGAAGACACACAGGCCAUGAAGGAAAGCACUUCAGAUAACAAAACAGUUUCCAAGGCAGUCUGCAUACCUGAAGAAGGAUCAUUUUUGGACGUGCACGUAAAAUGGCCGGAAAGCCCAACAGACUUUUGUGAAUCAAUACCAAAUGUUGAAACUGUUCCGGACAAGUAUAUACAGAUUUGGCUGAAAAAGGAACUGUCCAAAAGCAACAGUGGAAUUUUGAUGACGGACAUUCCUCGUCUCUUCAAAGAAAACUUCAAUGCUCCGGCACCUGAAGAUCUGAUUACGAAGACACGGUCAUGGACUAAUAUGGUUCAAAUCGAAAGUAUUCAUGGACGAGAGGUUAUGACGUCAACAUCAAGAAUAUCUCCAACACGCCAUCCAAAGAAACCACAAGACGAAGACACACAGGCCAUGAAGGAAAGCACUUCAGAUAACAAAACAGUUUCCAAGGCAGUCUGCAUACCUGAAGAAGGAUCAUUUUUGGACGUGCACGUAAAAUGGCCGGAAAGCCCAACAGACUUUUGUGAAUCAAUACCAAAUGUUGAAACUGUUCCGGACAAGUAUAUACAGAUUUGGCUGAAAAAGGAACUGUCCAAAAGCAACAGUGGAAUUUUGAUGACGGACAUUCCUCGUCUCUUCAAAGAAAACUUCAAUGCUCCGGCACCUGAAGAUCUGAUUACGAAGACACGGUCAUGGACUAAUAUGGUUCAAAUCGAAAGUAUUCAUGGACGAGAGGUUAUGACGUCAACAUCAAGAAUAUCUCCAACACGCCAUCCAAAGAAACCACAAGACGAAGACACACAGGCCAUGAAGGAAAGCACUUCAGAUAACAAAACAGUUUCCAAGGCAGUCUGCAUACCUGAAGAAGGAUCAUUUUUGGACGUGCACGUAAAAUGGCCGGAAAGCCCAACAGACUUUUGUUGUAUCCUGUAUAAACAUCAUCCGGAACUAGAGUCAAUGAUGGAAGAGCUCAACGCAUGCCUUGCUGCUAAAUCAGAAACAAUGUUGAAUACGGCACUGGUUCCAGAUGACGUAUAUGCGGGGAAUUACCGUGGCACUUGGUAUCGAGUUAUCUUUAAGGGAUAUUCAGAAGAUAACAUGGUGAUGACGUAUUUGGCUGAUUCCUGCAGUGUUGUAAAGCUCAAUAUGGACCAGCUACAGGAACUACCAAACAAAUUUAAAAGCCUUCCUGUCGGUAGUUUUAAAGCACGACUUCAUGGUGUUGCUCCAGCUGAAGGAAGCAACCAGUGGUCCGAGCAGGCUCGAAAAGCUUUCAGUAUUAUCACAACAGAGCGGGACUUUGUUUGUCUGAUAUGUGAUAGAGCUGAUGACAAUGGAGUGGUAUCAGUCAGACUUGUUGACACGUCCACUGAGGAUGACGUGGUGGUUGAUGAAGUCCUGGAAGAGCGUGACGAUGUUGUGCGAACACCGUGAUACCAACAAAAACCUUCAGAAGAUGAUAAGAUGUAAAGUUGUGAACAUCUCUUGUUUUGAAGACACAAUGUACAAAUAUACAUGACAUUUUUUUUCGCCAUUUUUGCAGAAUGCAACGAGUUUCUCAUGUAUUAAUGUAUGCAUACCUAAUAAACAAUUUAGAUUUUAUUUAGCUACAUAUAUGUUAAUGUAACACUUACUCUAUUUGGCCAAAUUAAGAUACUUAUACAUUUUUCGCUGUCAACUGUUUCACUGACAAGGUUGAACUAAGAGGUCAACCACUAUGACUUGGACCAUUUGAUAAAUGUAAAUAUUCCUCAUGUUAAAACUUCCAAAAUUCGUACACAAAAGUAUAUAAAUAUGUAUCCAGCCCUCAACUAGCCAUCCGAUCAGUAUCAAGAACAUGUAUGUAUAUCCAGCCCUCAACUAGCCAUCCGAUCAGCAUCAAGAACAUUUGACAAAGGGCAGUUACUCUAGCGGACAGACUGAUGGAUUGCCGCGAAAGGCAAUUAAUAAAAAAUGUUGUUUUGCGUAUGUGUUGCUUCACCACUGUAUAAAGAAACAGAUUUCAGUUGGAACUAACUUGGCUACUGUCACUGUCCGACUGACACAUCACUUACCCUGUGACGUAAUAAAUCUUAAUGUGCGCAUUCCAGGAAAACAAUGCAUAAGCGCUGUACUCGCCAAGGCUCGCUAAAUACAAUGUUUAUUCCUAAUGCAGGAUAUUUACCAUCCCCAAACACACUCGCGUGAUAACCUCUUUGUACAUCUGUAAUAUCUUUGUUCGUUCCUGCAUUAUGACUGACUCAUUAUAUUGUAUUUCGUCUUGUUCAUAUCGUGAACUGCACCUCGUGACAAUGGAGGAAAUAAAGUAUAUGUAUAUGUCACAACA